CCUCUGUGGUCUAGUGACGUCACGCCCACAACUUUAGAGUAUAUAAAAACAUGGCGUCACGACUCCCUCGCACUGGGUUGAGAGUCCAUUCAAGAUUUUUCUGCUUUCGGUUUCCGCGUUCUUGCCUAUAUAAAGCUCUUGUUCGCUUUUAUACUUCCAGAUUUAUGUCAGGAGACAUGAAAGAUCUUAACGGAGUGGAGACGAAGGAAGAAAGUAUCUCCAGCUUCUACCUCGAUGCCCAAGAGACGAAACUUAUGGAGAGUAAGUGGAAGCGAAGGUUUCUGUACACGCAAUAUCGUUGUGAUGCGAUUUUCGUUUUGGGCCCUAUGGGAGCAGGGAAGACUACUGUUAUAAAUGACGAGUUUAAGACCCAUUCAGUUUUCAGGAAUUACGCGUAUGUAGACACAGACGAAAUCAUGGGAAUGUUGAAAGGAUUUGAGUCAAACAAGGUAGAGGAAUAUUAUCCAGUCGCUCGUAACAUUGCUAUUCAUCUUACCGACUGGAUCUUGGAGCAGAAGAUCAGCUUUGUAGCAGAAGGAACAUGUGUUAAAUAUUUGGAGCUAAUAGAUUAUAUGAAUCGCUUAAAAUCAGUAGGCUAUCAUGUCCGCGUGAAACGUUUGCCCAGAGUUCCUUUGGACACAGUUCUCGAAAGAGCUAAACGACGAAAAAAUCGAUUAAUUCCUGAUCACGUUGUGGAGUCGAUUUUGGAAGGAUCUAACCUUGGAAUAGAAAAACUGUACCAGUCUAAUAAGAUAGAGUCUCUGUUUGAGGAUAUGGAUGAACAAGAGAGAAAUGAAGAGUUAAGACCAGCCGCUUCAUUAGAAAUUCCAUCACCAACGGCUUAAAACCUCGUCCUUUACAAUAUGGGCAACAAGCACUUCAAGUCAAGAGGGAAGUGUCUGUUUCUGUCUUCUUAAAGGUUGCAAGUGGCCUUUUUCGUUGUUCGUGAUUUUGUUUUUGAGUGACAGGAACAUGGCGGAGGACAAUAUGUUUGGUAAAAGCAUCGUUCAUUGUUUACAAACAUUAACGCCAUAGCCACAUGGAACGAAAAUAAAUUGUAAAAUCACAAUCAACCAUAAUGCAUGCAGGAAUUGUAAACCGUCAAAGUCUUGGACAUCCUGUAAAGCUAAUUUGGCUAUUUGUUCUUCAGACUUUGCAAGUGCAUCCUAACUUCACGAAGUACAGCUUAAGUCAAUCAUUGAUCACUGAUUGAUUUAUAAAGAAUUUACAAUUUUUUUUAAAAUUUUAUUGUCAAUAGAAAUAUUUGAUGUAGUCAUAACAUAACGAGAGACAGUUAUUGCAUCGGUGCAAUGCUAUUCUUGAAUUAUUUCACUCCUUCUGAAAUACCAACCUUAAAGAAAGAUUAGGAUCAGUGCUCUUUUGGUUGAUCUGAGCAACAUUUUUAUUCACUUCUUGUUUUGGUCGAGGUCAUCAUAGCUAAUAGCAUCAUUUAACUGUGUUCCAAACCCUCUUGCAUCUUUGGUAAAAAAGAUACAAAUUUUGUAAUUACUACUUUGCUAAUGUGGUUACAUCAUGCGCAUUAGUUUGUUAUUUGGAGCAAAUGCUGAACUGAAUGGGUGAAGUAUGUAAGAAUCUUCUUCUUCUUCACUUUUAAGUUUGCCACAAAAGCUUACAGUAGAGGUGGUCUAAAACCAAUUUACAAAAUGGUUUUCCCUUUAAUCAGUAAUUAAGCAUACUUACCAUUAUGACGAACCUGCUGGAUAUACCAGUUCAAACAUUCUGAUAGUAAUUUCUCUUUUAGAGAGGAUUGUAUAACCAGAUAGGUUAAUUCAUGGCUUAUGCCAAAGGAAAAUGGCAAUGAAACAUCCAUUAAAAUUUAUGCAGGAGAAACUCUAAAGAAAAGCCUAAACAUAUUUGAACACUUCUAAGCAAUUCAUUCUCUUUUAUACCAGAAAUAAAGAGGAUGUCCAAUAGCCCAUUUCUGAAUAACCUUUGGCCUCUUCAAAGGGAGUUCUGGAGCUCAUCCAAUCAUAUGAACUUAAUUUUUCAUUCACAUGCAAAUUAAGCUCAUUUUGAUUUGAAUGGCUGAGCACCAGGCCUCAUUUUGAAAAAGAGGCCAAAGGUAAUUUGAAAAUGGCAUAGUAACCACUUCAUUACCUUUUCUACUUGACUCCCAAGUUUUUGUAUUUUUGUGGUUGUAAGUGAUAUGUCACUUUAGACUGUAGAUAUGCUUAUCAACUAGUGAUGGGAAAACAAUACUAAGCUCAUUUUCUUAAUUUAUUUCUUUGCGAGCCAUUAUUUUCUUGGAAUUAUGGUAUGCACACCACAUUGACCUUUUAAUGUUAUUGAUAUAUUUUCCCUUUCAUUCAAAGAGGUUGCAUGAGAACCCUAGAUGUUCACUGCAGCUUUGUACAUACACAUCAGCUUGAAAGUGCAAUUUAAAGACAAAGUAAUCUGUCAAAAGAACAUUUAAGAGUAGUUAUUACUGCUUAGGAUAUUUUUUUGUACAGACAGUUACACUGUUAUAACUAGUGAAUGCUCCUCAACCAAAAUGAGAUGAUAAUUUAAUGAAUGUUUUAUGUUAUCCAAAUGCAACUCCAAAUUAUAUGGGUUGUGUCAUAUCUGCUUCUCUGUUCAAUUCUGGUUUGUUAAUUCCUUUGUAUGAAAUCUUCAAAUUAUGUUGUAUUUGUAAAACUCAAGAACUCUUUAAGGGAAAUAAAUUUACACAUUUAAGC